AAAGCACUACUACCGCGGCCUUCGGGACAGUGGAUGCGUUUCCGUAAGGAUUUAGACGCGACUCAGCCGCUCUAAAGCGGUUAUAGCGGAGAUUGAACUGUAAUUAAGAGUAUCGUCCGCACCUCCGCGCGGCCGAGUCCUCUGCUGUGCAUCCUCUCUCGAUCCAGCUACAGGAUGACGACGAGCUUGAGGAAGAUGAUGACAUGCAGCGCUCCGUUCUCGCUGCUCUCCUCAGCGGCCAGCCUCCUUGGCGCAGUUGAAUCCCACGAAGGACGACGAGCUCACCGCCGCAACCACUACCUGACCCCCGCAGAACUCUUGCCAGACCCUCGCAUUGACACCCCCUGGCAGCGUCUUUGGGAAAGCCAGAACGACCGCGCUUUUGUCACACCCAUGGGGGUUGACGUCACAACGUUCCACAACUGACACGAAUCCCCAAGGACGAACUCGCCUGCCCUUUCCCUUUCCCUC